GCAGCGCCCAUCACCCGAACCCUUUCACGUUUCCACCUCUUCCCCUCGCGCGCCCAAUUUUAGCUCAUUUUAGCCAGCCAACCGACCCACACCUCACACUCGCACGGCUACACUAGCUGGGACACUCCCAAAAACCCUCGUCCUCUCCCUUGCCGUUUCCACCGCCGCGACGAGAUGCCGACCACGCCGUCGCCCGGCGACCUCCCCGGCCGCAGGCCCCGCCGCCUGAUCAUCGACGAAGUCGACGACGACGACGGCCACCACGCGCCGGAGGUCGCCGCGGCCGGGAGCCAGCGCGUCGAGGCGGAAAGCGCCCAGGAUUUGGUGCCAAACCCGCUCGCGCCCUCGUCCUCUUCGCAGCCGGUGGCUGCACCGGCCACCGGCGCCAAGCCCGCCGAGAUCAUCGAGAUCGACGACGACGACGACGACGACCGCGUGCCGGAGGUCGCCACGGUCGGGAGCCAGCGCGUCGAGGCGGAAAGCGCCGAGGAUUUGUUGCGAAACCCGCUCGCGCCCUCGUCCUCUUCGCAGCGGGCGGAUGCACUGGGCACCGGCGGCCAUCCCGCCGAGAUCAUCGAGAUCUCCGACGACGACGGAGAAGAAAAAGAUGUCGGCGAGACCGGGGGACCUGUCAAGAAGGAGCCUGUCGAUGACAUCGACUGGCCCUCUCUCCUCUUGUCAAGCGAGGAGGAGGAGGAGGCCCGAAGGUCUGACGAGAGUACGAGCAGCGGCGGCCCCGAUGGAACGAGCAACGGAAUUGAGACGAGUCGGCGAGAGGGUGCCUCUGACGAUGGCGAGGAGGAGGGGGAGGAGGAGGUGGGGAUGCCGGAUCCAGAGGAUAAGGACGGUGCAGAGGACGCGCAUGAGGAAGAAGAUAAAGAGGAGGAAGAGGAAGAUGAAUGGGAGCAGGAAGAAGAGGAAGAAUCGGAGGAAUCGGAAGAAGAUUCCGAGGAACCUGAGGCAGAGGAAGAACCGGGCCGUCGCGUGCUUAGCGAUGCCAGGCUCGCCGGUCGGUACACGGGGCCGCGGCCGGGCGGCGAGAUCUUCCUCAAGCGCAAGUUUGAAGGGUGGUACAUCACCAAGAUGGCGGACACCGCCUCUCCCGGCGGCACCGUCGCGUCGCGGCUGCGGUCAAAGCGGAGAUGCCCCGACGCGAAGCUGCUCCGGCAAGCCACCCGCAGAAAGCCGUACUGCGUCGACACGCCCUCGCAGUCCAGCUCGGAGGCAGAGGAGGACGACAAAGACAAACCACCGCCUCAUCCAGCGCGAUCGUCCAGUGACGAGGGCGGGCGCGGACAUGGCAGGACGGGGAUAAGGCGCCCACGGCGCCGAGGACAAAACGCCGAUGAUGACUCUGACGAAGACGGCAGAUCGGCGACGAGGCGGCGCCGAGGACAAAACGCUGCCCACAGCGAUGAAGACUUUGAGGAACCCGGCGGAAUGGCCGCCGCGAGGAGAAGGGAGAAGCAGCGCAUGGAAGAAGAUGAUGCUGCUGCUGACGGCGGCGAUGAGGCUGAUGAGCAGGGAGCUUCCCGGAGGGCAAAGAAAGAAGGAGCGGCGUCCUGCCGGCAGGCGGCCGGCCGCAAGGGCAAGGACUUCCCCGCAGAGGGAUGGGAGCAGCAGGGCGAUGUCACCUUCAAGAAGAGCUCCCUGGUUCCUCCGAGGCGGCAGGACGGGCGAGACCAAGAGACUUACGACGAUCUGCUCUACUCCAUUUUCGAGGGAAUCGAGACCACUCUUCAGAACGCCUCUGCUCCUCUGGACGCCUCUGUUCCUGCACCAGAGCAGGGAGGCGAUCCGUUUCCUCUGGUGUUCUCCUUCGGGGUUGUAGAUGAGGUGGUGCCGGAGAAGACUGCUCUGGACGACCUGUGGGCACAACGUGACUUGGCCUUGGACUUGGAGGCCGAAUCCAACAAGGUUUCUUCUCACACUUGCCACAAGGACGCAGAGAGCGAUGAGCAUGAAAUUCCUGCACAUGGAGGGACUUUUUGCAAGCGAGGGAAGCAUGAUCUCUUUCAUGAUGAUCAAAUCGGCAUUCGAUGCCGAAAAUGCGAUUACAUCGAAAUCGAAAUUAGACACGUAUUUCCAUCCAUGGCCAAGGAAUCGACGGAUAGGGAGCCAGCAGCGGAGCAUGAUAGGCUUGACAUGUUCGUUGAUGACAUCCUGAAAUCAGUUGGUUAUGAAGGGGCAAGCAACGUGGCACUGGGAAGUGACAAAACUGGCGUCGUCUGGGAUCUCAUUCCUGGGGUACGGGAAGACAUGUUCCCACACCAGCGGGAAGGGUUCGAGUUCAUGUGGAGAAAACUCGCAGGAGGGAUCGACAUUGAGCAGCUGAGGCACACCAUGAACACUGACACCACAAGUGGCUGUGUGAUCUCUCAUGCCCCGGGGACCGGCAAGACCAGGCUAGCAAUCACAUUCGUGCAGUCUUACCUGGAGCUCUUCCCGCACUGCAGGCCAGUUAUCAUUGCCCCCAGGGGUAUGCUGGCUACAUUGGAGCAGGAGUUCAGUAAAUGGAAUGUCAAGCUCCCAUUCCAUGUCCUCAGUUCCAGUGAGAUCCAGUGGGAUCAAGACAAGACCAUCCAGAAACUGGUCUCCAAGGAUCAUGGUCUGGGCCAGAAGCUGGCCAUGAAGAAACUGAGCCAGAAAUCCAAGAUGAUGCUGAAGCUUGCAUCAUGGUAUGAAGGGAGCAGCAUCAUCGGUCUAAGCUAUUCGCUCUACAGGAAUCUUGCCAAGGGCGAAGGCAAGGAUGGAGAAAUGCAGAGGAACCUGCUUCUUGAGAAGCCCGGCUUGCUGGUCCUCGACGAGGGGCACACACCAAGGAACAAGAAGAGCCUCAUUUGGAAAGUUCUCGCAGAGGUCAGCACCGAAAAGCGGAUAAUCCUGUCAGGGACUCCAUUCCAGAACAACUUCCUAGAGCUGUACAACAUCUUGUGCCUGGUUAAGCCCAAGUUUGCCAAAGAUUUUGCUUGUACAAGACUCAGCAAGAAAGGAGUUGCUUCCACCAGCCAAUCAAGAGCAGCGCCUUAUGUGGAGGAGGAUGAAGGCAAAGAAUUCUGGAGUUCAUUAAGGAUAAGUAACAUCACGGAUGAACACCUCACUGAAAUCCGGGAAAAGCUGGGCCCUUUUGUGCACAUCCAUAAUGGUGACAUUCUUCAGAAGUCUCUUCCAGGAUUGAGAGAAUCUGUUGUGAUCCUGAACCCUCUUCCUCGUCAGAAGGAAAUCAUCGCAAUGAUGGAGGAAAGUGCAGGGAAGGGUUUUCUUGACGCAGAAUACAAGAUAUCUCUUGCGUCCAUACACCCAUUCCUCGUCACAAGCACAAAGCUGUCAGACACAGAAGCCUCUGUUGUGGACAAGAUGAAGAGCGUGCGGCUGAACCCAUGCGAAGGAGUGAAGACAUGGUUCGUUUUCGAGAUCAUCCGUCUUUGCGAAGCACUGAAAGAAAGAGUGCUGGUGUUCAGUCAGUACCUUGAGCCACUGGCCCUGAUCAUGGACCAGCUUACCACAGAGCUAGACUGGACAGAAGGCAAGGAGAUCCUACUCAUGAGUGGAAAUGUGCGUGUUAAACAGCGCGAAGCCUUGAUGGAAGCCUUCAACGACAUGAACAGUGAGGCUAAGGUGAUGCUUGCAUCAACCAAGGCCUGCUGUGAAGGAAUAACACUGGUCGGUGCAUCGUGUGUGGUUCUCCUUGAUGUCGUCUGGAAUCCUUCUGUUGGACGGCAGGCGAUUGGCCGAGCCUAUAGAAUCGGCCAGGAGAAGAUUGUGUACACAUACAACCUGAUUGCAGAAGGAACAAAGGAGAAGGUCAAAUAUGACAGACAAGCUACCAAGGAUCACACGUCCAAAUUACUGUUUUCAAAUGAACCGCAACCUACUGGGAGCAAUCUGUCACCAGAACUGAUAUCCAAUGAUAGGAUUUUGGAAAAAAUGGCUGCACGUGAAGAACUCAAAGACAUGUUUGUGCAGAUUCUCCCUUCCCAUUGACUGCAGAAAUUACAGCUCAAUCUUGGAGGUCUGAUGAUUCUACAUUCCAUCGAUAUCGGAAUCUUCAGAGUCUCCAAAUAAUAACUGGCAUCUUGCUGCCCCUGUGGAAUAGCUGCUCCUAGAACUCUUGUGGUGGUGUAUUGUAGGGUACCAGUGGGUUUUCGUCCCUAGUUUGUCUCUUAAUUGACGAGGAACAGCGGGUUUCCCAUUAGUGUGUCGAACUCGUUUCUUUCCCUUUCUCUCCUUUCUUGCUUUCUGUAAGACUUGGUAUUUCCGAUAUUAUUUGCCUGGUAGUGAACUAUAUAAGUUUAUCUAUACCAAUAUAAAAAGAUCCAAAGAGGCAGAUCCAACUGACGUUAGUUUGUAUUAGUCCCUUAGUUUGUAUUAGUUAUUGUCCCACAUUGCUUGCAUAAGAUUUAGUAGAUUGACUCAAUCUUAAGACUACAAUUAUUUCUAUCACUGUACAUUUUCAGGUUGUUUUCUGUUUGCUCUGGUUUACUCUGCCGGCUAGCUACCUGGUCUAUAUACUCCCUCCAUCCCAAAAUAAGUGACUCAAUUUGUACUAGUUUUAGUACAAAGUUAGUACAAACUUGAGUCACUUAUUUUGGGACGAAGGGAGUACUUCUUAUUCCAGCUUUAAAUCAGGACAAUUGACAAGCUGCACUGCUGCCUUUUGAUCAAAAAUGAGGAAGAAGUAACAACUUUGUAAUUUGGCGUGUAGAAAGGCACCGGACUGUGCCAGAGUUAGGGCAGCAAAAAGUAAUAAGUAUCUUGAAUGAAGAUUUCUACCUAUAUUUGUUUUGUUACUAUAUACUCCAGUUCCAACAGUUGCCGUUCUGCAUCGUCAAACAUUCUAAAAACUGAACAUGUCCUCUGGCAGGAUAAUGCUAUCAACAGAUUAGCCUUGAAAACUUUCAUAUCAAUAUAUUUUUAUAAACGAGUAUGUCAAUACUUCAGUGAAGAAGAUAAAGGUGAAUACCUGCAUGGUGAAUAGUGACAGAUAGCUGGGCAGAUGAGCCGUGAGUCCAUCUCAUACGACGCAUAACGCAUUGGUGUCGUCUGAUUAAUUUGGUUGGACAGGACCAUCUUGAAUCUGUUGCAAUUUUUCUCCAGCACCAUCUGAUCUAGGAUUCUCCAUGCACUCCUCCCCUCAGAGAAAUAUUUAAUCUUACUCAACUGACCAGUGUGAAACAUAUAGGUAGCCUCAAAAAAUUCUGGAUUAUUUGUGUUUGUGAAUGCGACGCACAAAAGAAUUGGAUUUGAGUUUUCAUAUGUUAAAACCUAUGAAUCAUCAAUCAACAUAUAGGCAAUGAGACCAGAAACAGGAAACUCCUGAAAAACUACCGACUUCCAUAACUUCCAUCAAAGUAUGGCUCCAAAUUAAAAUAAUUUGGUAAGCAUGUGAAAUCAUGAAUGGAAUUGCCCCACCAUAAACUGAAUUUUAUUCAUUCUUGUGGCUGACAGCUUACAAUUGUUCCACAUUGAAAAGAAAUCAACACAUGGCAGAGAUACUAGUGUGAUUUAUACCUGCACAAAGCAUCAGAAUGUGACCUAAACAAAUGAAAACAUUGCAUACACA